GUCUUGCUUGCUUUCCCCUUUUCGCCCCCACCCAUGACCUGCUCCUGUUUCCAGGCGCUCAUCCUGGCGCUGGGGCUGGUGGCCGGCUUGCAAUUGCUUUAUUUGGCUCUGCUCUCCGGGUGGCAUGGACAGGAACAGCGGUAUCGCUACGCCCAGCUUUUCCAGACGCGCCACGCCAUGCCAAGCCACGGGCACAAGCAGAGGCUCAAGCCGGUGCUGGCUAGUGGAGGCACCCUGGAUGCCAGUGGGCAGUACCGCGUCUACCGGGACAUGCUGCGGGCCUCUUGGGAUGGACAGGACCGGCAGGACGUGGUACUGGUCACCCACACCAGCUUGGGCAACCUGCAUCACGCUCAGCAGCUGGUGGAGCGCUGGCACGGGCCAGUCUCGGUGGCCCUCUUUGCGCCGGGCUCUGACGAGGUGCGCCAGGCCACGGCGAUGGUCUACGCCUUAGCCAUCCUGUGUGCCCCUCUCCAGCAGUGGCUUCGGCUGCAUCUGGUGUGUCCUGCCAACCAGAUGGCUUCCUUCCCUGAGCAGGAGCAGGAUAAGGGGGAAUUUGCCCGCCUCCAGUCCUGUGGCGAUGUUUUCGCCAAGCUGGCACAGCUAGGGGCGGGCCGGCGUAACUAUGCCAUGGACGUUGCCAAUGCUUCAUAUCCCAACAACUUGCUGCGCAACGUAGCCAGGGAGGCAGCCGGUGGGCACUGGGCGCUGGUGGUCGACAUGGAUAUGGUGCCCAGCGAGGGUCUGCGAGAAGACUUCCUGGCCUUGCCUAAAACCAGCGACGAGGGGACGCCGUGGGUGUUUGUGGUGCCGGCCUUUGAGAUCCGCCACACGCGCCGGAUUCCGGCCAGCAAGGCGGAGCUGGUGCAGCUGUAUCAAGUGGGGGAGAUCCGACCGUUUUAUGAGGAGCUGUGCCCCCGGUGCCAAGCUCCCACGAACUUUUCCCACUGGUUGAACCUUCCCGCGGGGGGCUCCCUGCGUGUGGCCUACGAGGUGGCCUGGCGAGACCCUUGGGAGCCCUUCUAUGUGGGGGCUACCUCAGUGCCUCCGUAUGAUGAACGUUUCAAGCAGUACGGCUUUAACCGGAUCAGUCAGGCCUGCGAACUCCACAUUGCCGGCUACCGGUUUGCAGUGCUCAGCAAUGCCUUUUUGGUUCACAAGGGAUUCAAGGUGGCGGGCGAGUUCCACGCACAAAAGGAUGCUGAAAAUCAGCGCAACAAGCUCCUUUUUCGACAAUUCAAGCAGGAGCUGAAGAGCAAAUACCCGGAAUCGCCACGGAGGUGUUGAAAUACUUAAAUUCAGCUACUUUGGACUUGUAGCGGAGCUACAAAUAGGAUGAGAAGAAACUCUACAUGCAGUAUAAUUUGUACGAAUAAGCUGUCAUUGGUUUCAUUGCUGCACGGCAUUAGUCAGUUUCUGACUGUCAUUUUGUACUACAGGCUGACAGAGUUAGGUCCAAGAUUAUGAAAUGAUGUUGUGAGAACAUGGGAAAGAGCAUUUACUUUUGAACUCUUGAGACAUGAAAUAGUAGACCAUUGUGCAGUGAGAUUCUUCCAUUUUGUGCCUGUCCUUCCGUCUACAACUGUUCACCUCAGUGUCUUGUUCUGCACAAUGAGACGGAUUGCAUAGGUCCUGGAACAGAAGUGCUUAAUUUAUUCCUGUACUUUAAAAUAACAAACCACCUGUUCAUUAAAGUGAAUAAUUUCAAAUUUGGGUUGCUUUGGUCCUGUUCGUUUGCUACCAAUCCAUAUUUAGAAAUGUUCCAGUUAAUCGUUUUAGAACUGGGUUAUGUCCUUGUUUAUGAUCGGUUCGUGCAGUCUUCUUGCAUAAGGGAUUGUUACGGCUUGUGGCACAGUGAGCCAGAGGUUUAAGACUGGAUUUGACAUUUUUUUGUCCACUUAUCAAGUCCUACCCAAGGACUCGAGAUAGGCAAAUGUGGAUGUGCGGGGCUGUUAAAGGUAUUAUCAAAGGAUGUAAGCUUUUCCAGGUAAGACUGCCUUUUGCAAUUGACUGAUGAGGAUUUUGUCAAUGCCAAUGAUGUUCAGAUGGUACCCCAAAUAUUUUGAGAUACUGGUCCUGUCAUUGUUUUUUUUUGCCACAGUCAUUCUACUUCUAUUUGCAGGUCUUCGUUUGUUGAUUAUCUCCAGUUCUUCUUUUCUGCUUUCUCCAGAUAUUGCAGUGUUCAACCAAACUUUUUUUUUUAUGUUUCUUAUCAAUUCAUUGCAUAGUCAGCUAGAUAAUUAUACUUGGCAUUUUUAAUCUACCCAUUGAGUCCUUCCCAAAGGCCUGGGAUAGGCAGAUAUUGUUGUUUAAUAAUA